GUUCGCAAACGUCGAUCAAACUAACGCGUUAUCAAGCGCAGGGGUGAACGGAGAGAUUCGCCGUUCGUCGCAUAAAUAUCGAGCGAAAUGCACGAAGUGUGGGGGAGGAUGUUUCAGUGGCACGGCGGCUGAAACUUAAAUAAUGGUGUUAUCAUUAUGCACGUACCAUUACGUAGAUAGGUGCAACUACCUGAGGAAUGAGCGCGGUAACUGUGUUUAUCGUGCGCUCCUAUUAACCCAUAUACCCGCGUCUGUACGUACGAACGGCACGAAAGCAUUUUCGAGCGCGAAUGCUCCGUACAUGGGCGGAACUUUUUCCCCCUGCGGUCGAGAGAGAAUAUCGAAUCAGGAAAACUGUGUUAUAUUCGCGCGGCUCGCUGGUAACCCAUAUCGCGAGCGAUCGGCGGCGGAUAAAUAAUGUGACAUUAUUGAACUGUGCGCGCAGGACUCGAACGUUUAACGCUACGUUCGCGUUUCCGAUCUCCGAUAAAAAAAAUUGUUGCGGUCGCGUCCGUCCAUUUGUGAGCUCGUUUGCCGAGCAACGUCGGCGCGUUCGGAGUUAAUUGAAGCGUACGCCGAAACGACAUUGUGUCAUUCCGCGAGUUAGCCUGUACCGCGAAAAAUGGCGUGACACAUUCCCCGGCUGCACCUUGCCCUUCAGUUAAAGGGCUGCAUACGACCGAGUGGUUCCAAAAAACACACCCAAUGUUUGAAUUUUUCUGCUGAUUGCAUUAUUGACUUUAGAUGUGCUUUUGAAGGACGACUCUUCUUCAUACUUUUAUUUACAUAUGAAGCCUAUUACAAAAAGUUGAUAUAUAACGCUGUUAUUACCGCUUCCGUGAAGCUCGUUGUCGUUAAACGAUAUCCAAGGUAUCUCGGAAACUGCUGAGCCGAUUUGCACUGUCGUUUUGCAUAGAUAUUCUUAGUAAGAUUAUCUAAUAUUUGUCGUAGGAUGUUUGAUAUCUAUUAAAUGUAGUAUUUUCUUUUUAUAAGCGAAAGAAGAGAAAUGUUGUGUCGAAAAAUCGAACUUUCGACUUAAAAUGUUAAUAACUUGACCACAAAUUAAUAUUUAACAAUCCGGCUACGACAAAGACUAGAUGAUCUUACUAAGAAUAUCUAUGCGAAACUAUAAUCAAAUCAGCCCAAUAGUUCCCGAGAUAUUUCGAGUAACUCACUGAGUUGACUGAGAAGUCGGGAAAAGCGAGCCCACGCGCGUAACGUUCGAGACGACUCGUUAGAAGGGAAGAUUGAAGGAAAGGAGGAAACGAAAAUACCGAAUAGUUAAUCAACCCAGAUAUGAGUACGUAGAAUCAACAGGGUUAACAGUUAACGUCUCGCGUACACGCGAGCCGUAUCGGCAGUGCGAUCGAAGUUCCGUCGAGGAACCUUCCCGCGAUUAAUCUUCUAAAUCUCGCGUGGAGACGCCGUCAGCCGAUGGCUUCCGGAUCGAUGAGGGUUCGCGAGCUAGGCACCGGCCGAAGAGGACACCGAACCCUCGGCCCGGCAAGUGGAUUCACCCGUCGAAGUUCGUGGCCGGCUUUUACGAGUUCGCAAAUACCAAUCCUCCCUCUUAUCUCACCCAUCGUUUAUUUUUUCCUUCUCCCUGGAAUACAGUGGCCAGGAUUAUAACGGUGCGUCCGGGUAGCCAUGGUUACCAUCGGCGACCACAUAACACCUUUGCCCGGGAUGUCGACCAAUGGCGGGCUGGUAACGCGCCGGGUUCGCCGGUGGGACCUCGCGCAUCGCCCUGCCCGGACGACCAAUGAGGCCGUCUCUACCUCUUCGUGUCGGCCUGCUGCUCGAGGAUUUCGAUCGAAACCCUUCGUCGCCACACUCGAAGAGGUAUUACCUGGAUCGCUCGCACUGACCGGACGGCCGUCGCAAGGGGCACGAGCGGUCGAUUAUGCGUCGCGCCUUUUGAGUUCCCGCGAGGCGUCUCCUGUUUGGAAGUAACUUCAACCGGACGAAGGGACAGGUCGGCACCAUGGAGUCCUGCGGGAUGAGCGUCAUCAAGUACAUCCUCUUCAUCUUCAACCUGGUCUUCGCGAUAUCUGGCAUAGGUAUUAUCGUGGCCGGGGCGUUGGUGUUGGCGGAUGUCGGCGAAUUCAAUCACUUCAUGGAAGGGAGGAUAAUGGCUCCGCCAAUAGUGCUUAUAGUUGCGGGAUCUAUCGUUUUCAUUGUAGCUUUCCUAGGCUGUUACGGCGCGAUCAAGGAGCAUUACAACAUGUUGAUCGCCUUCGCGGCCGCGCUGUUAAUAAUCUUCGUGAUCGAGCUCGCGGUCGGCAUCGCGGCGGCGGUGUUCAAGAACGAUUUCAGCAUGGCGAUGAAGGAGACCCUGAAGGAAUCGAUGAAGAACAACACGGAGGCCGACAAGCAGGCCUGGGACAACGUGCAGAAAAAGCUGCAAUGUUGCGGCGUGGACGGUCCUAAUGAUUGGAGCGCGGCUAAUGGAUUCAGAAACUUCCCGUCCUCCUGCUGCAUGGAUAUGCAGGUGAUAUGUCAGCUCGGCAUCCCGGCGGUGUACAAGGACGGAUGCUUCAGCAAGCUGGAAAUGCGAGUCCAGAAGGGCGCCACGGUCUUGAUCGGAGUGGGCAUCGGAAUAGCUUUCGUGGAGAUCGCUGGCAUCGUGCUCGCUUGCUGCCUCGCCGCCGCCAUAAAAAGGGAAGGCGACAAAUGAAACGAGGUGUAUUGAUUUCAUUUCGCGUUGCGUUAGACCAAGCCGCAUAAUUCACCGUGCAAUUCGAACAAAUUGUUAGGGAAACUACAUUCAAUCAUCGGCGAAGGAACGAGGAAUCGAACACCGCGUUAGCUAACUGCCUCGUUUAACUGUUUACUCGCGCAUUGACUUACCCAUUCGCGAUAUUCGUUUAAUUCAUAGAGCGGUACAGAGACGAAGGUAUUUCAAGUUUUCGGUAAUCAUACCCGAUACGUUUAUGUUACGUGUAUUUUGUAAUUACGCCGUGUGCUUUUGCCUUUAUACGCGUAAGCAAUAAGCGUAAACUGAAUAAUUGGAGAGAGAUAUUUCUUUAGAAUAGAUAAACAUUAAAUUUCUCUAUUGUUUCGAUUACAUAUUGAAAUGAUUGUUCUCGAUUGACGCGAAAAUACGUUGUUGAAUGUUAUAGAUCGUAAUUAUAAUAUAUGCAAAAUAUUAUCAGAUAACACAGGAUAAUCAUA